UAACGGUCAGAGAAGCUCGUCGCUGUUAUAGUAAAGUGUCUUCAGGACCCGUUCGCUAUUUAUAUUUCUUUUGAAAUAGAUUUAUCAUGGCGCCCAGUGAGGGGUCCAGGAUGCUUAGUAAAGAUGAUGCGAAUUAUAAACUUCACUUUCGGAUGAUAAACGAGCAACAAGUGGAGGAUAUCACCAUUGAUUUCUUCUACAAACCGCACACCAUUACUUUACUGACGUUCACCGUCUUCAGCAUAAUGUACUUCGCCUUCACCAGGGAUGAUGGUGAUUUUGACAAUAACCUGCGUGUGGGCCUGCUGUUGGUCAUCUCUUUCUUUCUUGUUAUCAGUGUUCUGGCCUUCCCUAACGGUCCUUUCACAAGACCACAUCCUGCUAUAUGGCGCAUGGUUUUUGGCCUCAGUGUUCUUUACUUCCUCUUCCUGGUGUUCCUCAUCUUUCUGAACUGGGAUCAGGUGAAGAAAUUGUUAUACUGGCUGGACCCCAAUCUGCGUUACGCCACUCGAGAGGCAGAUGUCAUGGAGUAUGCAGUAAACUGUCACGUGAUCACAUGGGAACGCAUCCUUAGUCACUUUGACAUCUUUGCUUUUGGUCAUUUUGGGGGCUGGGCUAUGAAAGCUGUACUCAUCCGUAGCUACGGCCUCUGCUGGACCAUCAGCAUCACAUGGGAACUCACAGAGUUGUUCUUUAUGCACCUCCUGCCUAACUUUGCAGAGUGCUGGUGGGAUCAAGUCAUUCUUGAUAUCCUGCUGUGUAAUGGAGGGGGCAUUUGGCUUGGCAUGACUGUGUGUCGUUUUUUAGAGAUGCGCACGUACCACUGGGCCAGUAUCAAGGAUAUCCACACCACCACAGGCAAGCUGAAACGUGCUGUUAUGCAGUUCACUCCAGCUAGCUGGAUGUACGUGCGCUGGUUUGACCCCAAAUCCUCCAUCCAGAGAGUGGCUGGCAUCUACCUCUUCAUGAUUAUAUGGCAGCUCACCGAGUUGAACACGUUCUUCCUGAAGCACAUCUUUGUGUUCCAGGCAUCUCAUCCUCUCAGCUGGUGUCGGAUCUUAUUAAUUGGGAUCAUCACUGCCCCCACAGUGAGGCAGUACUUCGCAUAUCUCACAGACACCCAGUGCAAAAGAGUUGGAACACAGUGUUGGGUGUUUGGGGCCAUUGCUUUCCUGGAAGCCCUAGCUUGUAUCAAAUUUGGACAAGACUUGUUCUCUAAAACACAGGUCCUGUAUGUGGUCCUGUGGCUUAUAUGUUUGGCUUUCAUCACUUUUCUCUGUCUCUUUGGGAUGGUUUGGUACGAGCAGAAUUAUGGGAAGAGACUGAAGAGCAUUAAAGAUUGUGACGAUAACACCUCCACUGACCCGUUUGCUCACAUUACUGAAACUGCCAAAGAGAUGGACUCCAAUUUGUCCCGGAGAAGAAAAGUAGGCUCAGGUAAAAGCAAAACAAUCAAUGGAACAAGCAGCAGGUAGUGACCACAACUAGAGAACGCUUAUCUCUCAGUGGACCUGAACACACAAGAGGUGUGAGAAAACAAUCUGUCACAAAUGGUUGGAGAGGUAAAACAGUUACCUGGGUGAAAGGGUAGAGAAGAAAGCGGUUCUAUACACGUAAGACACACUCCAGACCACAGCAGCCCUGUGCCUGUACAUUGUACAGUUAAAUACUUGUUUGAGAAACUGAGAAACAGAAGCUUGAAGCUUUGUGGCAUCCCAUGUUUAUGUUAAAUCACAGCAUACACACUUUAUAAUGGCACUGAUGUGGCUUUAAAUGGCACAUUCCAGUGUAGAGAGUGUCAGUGUCCAGUUGUAUAAAGCACAUUAAGUUUUCCCUUAAGUGUAACACUUAAGUCGUUAUUUCCCCUUAACUAAGGGAAUGACUAGAGGGUGUUGCAAAUAAUCCCUUAGACACUUCUUUUAGCUAAGAGAAACCGUUAAGGGUUUUACUACAGUGAGCCAGGUUUUACCGUAAUAAAAUUCUACUGUUACCAUGGAUACAACAUGUCCCUACCACUGAUCUAUAAUAUAGACAUUUGAGCAAUUUUAACACAAAGAAUACUUAACUUUUUACAGUUUUUUUUUUAAAUUUUCAUUUUAGUGUGUGAAUGUGUAAAUUAUUGCCCGACCUCUUCUAAAUUAGUACGUAAACGGCAUUGUCACGUGGCACCUGUUACUUUUCUUAGCGCUGUUGUGGAUGCACCAAUUACAGUCAUUUGUGAUUACAGCAUAAACAUUUUAAAAAUCAUUUUCUGGAGGUUACAUGAGCCGAUUUUCAUUUGUUUCUCAGUUACAAUCCUAAAAAUUAAGAUAAAAAAAAAAAUUGUUUACAUAUUUUUCUGUGUGAAUUAAAAAACAUGUUGAGUUUAUCAUACGGAGCAAUUAAUGGAGGAUUCUGCUUUUAUGGCCAGCGAGUGUCCGCUUCAGGAAGACAGCUUUGAUAGAGAAUAGUGAGGUGAAUUUGAAGUGUUAGAUGUGAUAUUAGAUUGCCUUUCAUAAUGUUAGCGAUUCCCCAUAGUAAUCCUGCACUUGUUUAUUGUUGCUAAAAUGGUCUAAAGAGCUCUCCCUAUCGUGAAAAAUUUGCAUUGGUAUGCUGCACUCUUCAACUGGUUCGAUAAACUUAACCAUUUUUCCUUUUUUAGAAACCUUGUAACUCUUAGCCAACAUUUAAGGUGAACUUUUACUACCCUUAAGGUUUACUUAGGAAAAUGGCAGUUAAGGGGCUUUAUGCAACACUUAAGGGAAUACUUAAGUAAAACAUUAUUAUUUAAGGGAAAUUGUAGGGGAUUGUGACGUUCGAUUUUCACAGGCGGCGAAAUUACCCAUUAUGCUUAGCACGUACUCCCAACGCGGAUGAUACAGGCUUCCGGUUCGCAACUUAUUCACAUCACCAAGCAUUGAAAUAAUCACUAACAACAGUCAAAAACAAUGGAACAUUCCCUGUUUUCUUAACGUAAAUUUCUUUCUCACUAAAAUCUGUGUAUGGACGCUUUCGACGGCAAUUGCUGAAUAAAUAAGUACACAAUCACACACAUUUACAUGGUAAAGUUACUACACUGGGCUUUCACGCCCUGUGUGUGUGAGUGUAAAAGAGACAUUCAGCGCACAGAGAGAGAAUUCACAUUUAUGAUGCGUUAGAUUUCACCGGGUUUCUUAUUGCACACACAAUGUAUGAUGAUGAUAGAAAGCACUUCAAUGUGAAAACAGACAAAUCUGGGAAUAUGAAUCCGACAGGACACUUUUUAAGGUCCAAAAAAAGAGGACAUGUACGUGAAAAGAGGACGUAUGGUCUCCCUAGGUUUCAAUUAAAAAUCAGCAGAUUUGAGGGAUGUGUCAUUUGGAAUUAUCCUUCAGUGUUUUUUUUAAAUAGGUAAAUGAUGGAGAAUUAUGUUAAUGCAACCUCUGCUUAUUGCUUCUGGUGCGACUCAAAGUUUCAGGCAUUGACAGAUUUUGGGUGGGUUUAUUGUUGUAACAUUCAUUUUCCAGUAAUUUUUUAAGCCACCUGUAGUUGUUAUAACAUCUUCUAACAGCACAUAUUCCUCAAGUGUCUCCGAUGAUCGGCAUCACCAGUAACGUUUGUCUAGCUCUAGCGUAAAAUAACAACAACUAUGCGGAAGUGCGGAUUAUCCGAGAGGAUGUAACUCGCCGGAAUGGCACCGCCAAUGGAGAAGUCAGGAAAAAAGUGGAUAUUCCCUGUUAAAUAUCAUAAUAAAAAAAUGAAAUAUCAGCAAAACAAGUUUGAACUUGGUUCAGUGAACCUGUGAUUAUGUCGGACAUGUAACAGGUUGAUGAAUACACAUCCUUACACGUUUAACACACUUCUAACUAGGGUUGCCACCCGUCCCCUAAAAUACGGGAUCGUCCCGUUGUAAAGACUGGCUGCUGGAACUGACAGUGACGAUGGAGAAGUGAACCCAAGUGCAGUUUUAUUUACAAUUGUGGAAUCCAAAAAACCCUGACUAUAAAUGUGAAAUAUAAACAUGAACUUGAAUAUAAACUUGACUUGACAUAAACUAAACUUGGCUUGGCUAGAACAAAACAACAAAGUUACAUUAACAAUACCUGACGAGAGACAAUGGCAAACAUGAGGGCUUAAAUACACAGACAUAGGUAACAAGACAACCAAUGAACGGACAGAACUAUAAACAAUAUAGCAAGACUAAUAAACUUAAACCAAUGACAAACUAGAACUGAUAACAAAGUAAUCAAACAUUGAACCAAUGGAAACAAGACAUAUGAACAGGGGAAAACACAUGACAAGAUCACAUGUGGGAACAGGAAAUCACAUGACAUGACAGGAACAGGAACUAAACUUGAAAAUUUAAGACAUGAAAAAACAUGAACAAAACACAUCUAGAUGUGACACCCAUAUUUAAAGAUAAAAUUAUGCGUCCCGUAUUGAAUCAACACGAUUUGUCCCGUAUUUAAGCUAGUCAGAUGGCGUCAUGGUGAAAUCGUUCCAGAUCGCUAAUUUAACAUUGAUAUAAGUUGGAAAAUGUGCCUAAGGUGGGUAAAGCACCAUCCGAAAAGUCCACAAAUGGUGCUGAAACUGUGGAUUUUUUUCUAUAUAAAUGUUCAAUAAGAUCAAACAAUGUAUGAAUACAAUCACUGAGUCAUAAAGACAAGUACAGGUGAAGAAACAAAUACGUAUAAACCAACCAAAAUGUAUACAUAAAUAAGAUAAAGGAGACAAAUAAUCGAAAAGAUAAAAAUAAAUAUAUUUUUAACAUAUAAAAGAAGUCAGAGGUCAGGAAAGUUCAGUAUAUAAGAAAGGGUAUAAAAUUUUUAUUAAUAAUGCAUAUUACCUAAACGCAUUUAUUGCUAAAACUGUGGAGGAUGUGGUUAGGGGCCAUGAUCCCACCCCCCACCCUCAUUUAAGUGUCCCUUCAAAAGUGGCAACCCUACUUCUAACGCCUAAGAAUUUGGGUACUUAGAAAUGAAAACUACCAUCAGACAUACAAUAUGUGUCUUAACUGCUUAAAUUAUUAACCCACAUACAAUAAAUAAUAAUAUUUUACUUCAGUAUGAUCUUAUUCCAUACCAAAACUUAAUAACAGCCAUUUUCGAUAGAACAAUAUUAUUUACUGCAUUCAAAAUAAAUGCAAAGACAUCAUUUUAGCGGUAUGACAUUAUUUUUAUUCACUUAUCAUUCACAAACAGUAGUCCAUGCGCUGCAGUGGAGGAGACGGGAUCUGUUCCUCCUGUUAUAUCGUAUUUGGUGGUCUUGGUCAUAUAAGAUCGUCGUUAGAUUAUAUUUGACCUCAUAUCUGUCACAGCGACAGCACUUUGGAAAUUAAAACAGCCGUUUACGAUCGGAGUUUGCGUGAUUUUUUUCGUUAAAAAAAGUUAAUAUCCACCAACCGCUGCUGCGGGUCAACUGUGUCUAAUAGAGUAGACGUGGAGUGUUUGUUUGUAAACAGUAACUUCAUCUAUAAAGACCCUUAAGUAAAACUUAAAGAGCCCAUAUUAUGCUCAUUUACAGGUUCAUAAUUUUAUUUUGGGGGUCUACUAGAAUAGGUUUACAUGCUUUAAUGUAAAAAAAACACAUGCUGCAGCACUUCUCUUCAUCCUCUGGCUGAAACGCUCUUUAAAGCCCCACUUUCCGAAAAGUCCAGUCUGCUCUGAUUGGUCAGCUGGCCCAGUCUGUUGUGAUUGGUCAACCGCUUAGAGCGUGUGUCGGAAAUGUAACGUCCCUUACCAUAACUGAAGUAGCUCUUAGGCGGGCAUUAUGCAAAUGUGUUACAUAGUGAUAUAGCUAAGUCAUGGAAGUAAUGGCUGGACUGCAAACCAGGCAUUUCAGGCAGUUCAGGCGCAGUGUUGUCUGUGGGAGAGAGUAACUCCCUUUGGCAUGGACUUUGUGCUUUGUGACUUUGCAGACAUUUUACAUGCACAAACAGCUAUAUUACACACUAAAGGAAAGGUAAAAUCCCAAAAAGCAUAAUAGGGUCUCUUAAAGUGUUGUUUUCUGCAACACCAUUAAAUUUAAGGGAAACUUUAGGGCAAUCUUAAGGGAAAUUUUCACUUAAGGUGCUUUAUGCAGCCGGGCACAGAGUCUGAGCUAGCCGAAAGUUUGGGAUGACCCACCUGAUAAAAUGAGUACAAUGAUUGCACCAUUUUGAUUUAUAACAACCUUUUAUUACAUAUGUAUAUUGUUGAUGUAGACCAAGCAAAAAUUUUGCACUUUUUCAUCCACUUGCCUUGUAAUCUGUGAAUGUUUUGUUUUGUUUGCUUGUUUGUUUGUUUUCCUCUGACACCGAUUCAUUUACCAGGGUAAUUAUUGCUAUGUCAUGAAAAUUUCGUUUUGUGGGCAUAAAACAAAACUGUCUAAUUUGUGAAAAAAUAAUGUUGUCACAGAUGUUCCUGUGACCAUUCUCACAAUAGUAAUGGUUUCAACUUUUUCAGUCUUCUCAUAUUUGCUCUUUUAAAUUACAAUUGUGUAGAGCCAGUGUGAAGGAGAGGCAGUUCUUGACCUUUUGCAUCAAGAACUGUUGAAACAUUCAAAUAAGCACUUAUGGCAACUUUUGAAGGUAGUUUAAAACGUCUCAACUCUGAAUGCUGUAAUGUCAUUGUUUUCUAUAUUUUUAUAGAUUUUUUUGCAUGUUGACUUAUGUGGUAAAAGAGAUAAAUCAUUCCUCGUGUGAUUUUGUGUGUGUGUAUGCAUUUGCGUGCAUGUACAGUAUGAAUAGAAAUGGUUUUAGUUAUUUUUUGUUUUGUUUUUUGUUUUGUUAGGCCUUUAAAUGUCUAUGCAGUUCUGUCACUUUUUUCUGUAAAAACCCACAUUUAAUGAAACAUUCUUAAAUAUUUCAAAGGUGUCUAAUGUUUUUUAUAGUCCGCAAUUAUUUUCGUGGCUAUUAUUAAUAUUGAAUGUUUACAUAUGCUUUUAUUAAGCUAUGACUAAAUGCUUGCUGUACUUUUUUGCCUUAUAUAAUUUGUUUACAUUUUUUCAUGAACCACAUUAAUGACCAGUACCCAAGAUGUUAGUAAAGUGUUGUUCACAAUGUAUCUGCAAUGUUUCUUUCAACUUAAAAUAAUGUAAGGUUUACAGUCAUGAAUUUUGUAUGGUUCUGCCAUUUUCACACCUGAAAGUGACCAAUGAAACUGUAUGUCAUGUGAUGUCAAGCUUGAAUCCUGAAGCAGUAUUUCCAUAUCUGACCAUUUCAAUCCUUUACCAUGAUCAUCUGGAGAAAUGAAGUGUGACCAUUUUGCUUUUGAUUUUAUCAACUUGUGAUUGGCAUGACAGUAAAAAACUUCAAAUCAAAAGUUUUAACGCACUGAUAAUGUGUCAUUCAAUAAAGCUUUC